AUGGAGUACUUCGCGCUGUUCGUGGCCUUGCCAGCGAUAGGGUGGUUCGGGUUCCCGGCCGGGGUGGCCGCGUGCCGCAGCCAGGGGCUGAACGCGUGCCUGGCCUUGGUCGCCGCGAAGAGGCUCUACAUCUACGGGCUUGCGAUGCUCGCCGUCCUCGUCGCGGCCAGACGUUCGACGGGGUUGCCCAGUGGGCUGGGCACGCGGCUGGGGCUUCUCACGGAGGAGCUCCUGCGCGUCGGGGAGGUGCAGCCCACCGAGCGAGCCGCCGCUGCGGAGCUGCGGGAGCUGGACCAGGCCAGCGGCGAGGCUCAGGCCGCUGGCUUGCCGAUCCUGCUGUCCCUGGCGCUGGCGGCCUCCGUGGGGCUGGCGGAUCUGACCGCCACCGGCGAGCAGUCGCAGUCGCUCUUGUCGUCGGCCGGCUUCUUGCUCUCUGGGCUGACCCUCCUCUCGAAUGCCCUCUUUUGCGUCCUCGCUGUUAAGGCCGAGGCCUCGGAGGCGCUGGCGGCCCUGGUGCCCUGGCCAGCAGAGCGGGGGCCGCGAGACCUGGUGGCGCUGGCGCUGGCGUCGGGACUGACCUUCCUGUGCUUCACCCUGCCCCUGUCUGUGCUGUCCGCGGCGCUCGGCGGGAUCGCCCUGUACGACCUGCUCGGCACGCUGGGUCCCCUACUCCUCGCGAAGGCGCAGGGUGCCCUCGGCGUCGGCGGCGCCGCAUCGUCGGCGGCCUCCACAGCUUCUCUGGCGACGGGCCCCAUGGCGCAGAUCGCCCUGGCCAAGGCCGGCGCCGUGGGCUCGGCAGGCGCCCUGCCUUCCUGGCGGCCAGGGCUGCUGGAGGUGGUGCUGAACGGCCGCCUCACCGACAUCCUCGGGCUGGCGGACGUCGCGUUCCCAGCGGCGCUGGCGGGGUGGGCCCUGCGCGCGGACCAGCGGUCAGAGGCCGGAGGCACCUCGCCAGCCUACUUCCCCGCGGCUCUGGCCGGCUACGCGGCGGGCUGCGCGGGCUGCGAGGUCCUCGGCCCCGCCCUGGGAGUUCAGGGCAUCCCCGCGUUGGUGGUGAUAGUGCCGGCGAUGCUGGGCACCACGCUUAGCGUCGCCGCUUGGCGCGGCGAGCUCGCCGCCCAGUGGUCGGAGUCGGAGCUCGGCUGGAGCGUGGCCGCGGCGCCCUCGGCCGCCGCGGUGCUGGCCGCGUUGCCGGCCUGCGGGCAUGGCGUCGUCGCGAGCGGCGUCGGGCAGCAGCGAGAGGGCGGCGACAAGAGAGAGCUGCAGCGACCCCGUGGCGCUGGAGGCGGCGAUCAUCCAGAGCGUGAACAAAGAGCACUUCCUGACCUACGGAAUUGCGCCUGGCAAAGACCAGUUCACGGCCAGGUGCAAGGAGGAGGUCGUCCACCACUUCCAGAUGCUCGGCCGCCUCGAGAAGAUUGCCCCCAACAUGUCCAUCAGCGAGCAGGCUGCUACGCUGGCGUUCACAUCGAUCGUGAAGAAGAAGGCUGGCGGCUCCGGGAGAUGUCGGUGGCAUGGCGAGCAGAUGCCGCGGCUCCAGAGGCGCCCCCGGACGCGGACGCGGAGGUGCGCCGCCAGGCGUUCGCGAGCCUGUCCGCGGCCCAGGAGGCCGUGUCGGUGAGGGGCAUCUUGGACCUUUGCGGCCGCGACGAGGUCUCGCACGCCUGCGAGGCCGUUGCCGCCGCCGCCGUCUGCCUCAUCGCCAGCAUGGACGACACCGUAGGUGUGUCCCCCGAGGCGGUGCCUCCGAGGACCUGGCGCGCGAGUAGGGCCGUCCUCGCUAGGCCGGGGCACUUCACGGGCGCUUUGCGCAGGUUUCCCUUCGUGGUGGAUGCCGGGGGCCUGCCGGCAACCAACGUCGGGUGGUCUCAGCGGUGCUUGGAGGCUGUCACGUCCGAGGAGCUGCUGUCCGCCGAAGAGCCGCUGGCGCACCAUCUGCGCCGCUGGGUGGCGGCCGCGUGGCGCUACUGGGACGUGGGGGGAGGUGCGGCUGCCUGGGUGUCCGACGUCAGCCUCCUGCGCCCAGCGUCAGGCACACCGCCGCCUGAGGCAGCAGUCCAGCCGGCACGCGGAGGAGGCGUCCGCAAGGCUCGUCGGCAUGAGCCGGUGGAGGGGUCAGGCCACGGUCGAGCAAAGUUUUGGCCACGCGAGUCACAGCAGCAGUAG